AUGGGUGGUAACGAUGGUCAGUCUGGCACCCAUACCUAUCAGUCCCUGACUGAGGAUUACCCCUUUGGCACCAUGGACCCACCCAAAAGAUCCACCGGGAGGCUGGUCAUGCACAGCAUGGCCAUGUUUGGCCGAGAGUUUUGCUAUGCAGUGGAGGCAGCUUAUGUGACUCCAGUUCUGUUGAGUGUGGGCCUGCCCAAAAGUCUGUACAGCAUGGUGUGGCUCCUCAGCCCCAUCCUGGGAUUCCUGCUGCAACCUGUGGUAGGAUCAUUCAGUGACCACUGCCAGGCCAGAUGGGGCCGCCGAAGGCCCUACAUCUUGGCACUGAGCAUCAUGAUGCUAUUGGGCAUGACCCUGUACCUCAAUGGAGAUGCUGUUGUAUCCGCUUUGGUUGCUAACCCACAGAGGAAGCUGGUUUGGACCAUAAGCAUCACCAUGAUAGGUGUAGUUCUCUUUGACUUUGCUGCUGACUUCAUUGAUGGACCCAUCAAGGCCUACUUAUUUGAUGUCUGCUCCCAUCAGGACAAGGAAAAGGGCCUUCACUACCAUGCCCUCUUCACAGGUUUUGGAGGUGCCCUUGGUUACCUUUCUGGUGCCAUAGACUGGGCUCAUCUGGAACUGGGAAGAGUGCUGGGCACCGAAUUCCAGGUCAUGUUCCUCUUCUCUGCCUUGAUGCUCACUCUGUGUUUUAUUAUUCAUCUGUGCAGUAUCCCUGAGGCUCCACUUACAGAUGUUGCAAAAGACAUUACCCCACAGCAAGUCCCUCAGGACCCUUCAUUGUCAUCAGAUGGGACUUCUGAAUAUGGUUCUAUUGAGAAAGUUAAAAAUGGCUAUGUAAACACAGAGCUGGCAAUUCAGGGAGGAAAGAGAAAAAAACCUACUGAACAGGCUCAGAGAGCAAUGAACAUGAAGUCUCUGCUGAGGGCGCUAGCAAACAUGCCCCCCCACUAUCGCUGCCUUUGCAUCAGCCACCUCAUUGGAUGGACUGCCUUCCUGGCCAAUAUGUUCUUCUUCACAGAUUUCAUGGGGCAGAUUGUGUACCAUGGGGAUCCGUAUAGUGCGCACAACUCCACAGAAUUUCUCAUUUACGAAAGAGGAGUUGAAGUUGGAUGUUGGGGCUUGUGCAUUAACUCUAUAUUUUCUUCACUCUAUUCUUACUUUCAGAAAGCUUUGGUAUCCUACAUUGGCUUAAAGGGUCUUUACUUCACUGGGUAUUUGCUGUUUGGCCUGGGGACAGGAUUCAUAGGACUCUUUCCAAAUGUUUACUCCACCCUGGUCCUGUGUGCCUUGUUUGGUGUAAUGUCCAGCACCUUGUACACUGUGCCCUUCAAUCUCAUUGCUGAAUACCACCGUGAGGAGGAGAUGAAGAGGCAGCAGGAAGCCCCCGGAGGUGAACCGAAUGGCAGUGGGCGAGGAAAAGGCGUGGACUGUGCUGCCCUCACCUGCAUGGUGCAGCUGGCUCAGAUCCUGGUGGGAGGUGGCUUGGGCUUCCUGGUCAACACCACCGGCAGCGUUGUGGUUGUAGUGAUCACAGCCUCUGUGGUGGCACUGAUCGGCUGUUGCUUCGUGGCUCUCUUUGUUAGAUAUGUGGAGUAGAGUUAUAAAUUGACAUUGACCCAAACCUCAGACAAGAGAAGUCCUUGGCAAGAAAUCAGUCAUUUCUGAGGUUCUGUAGCUCUGGAGACUUCAUUCCCCUAUUGAGACUGAAGCUGAUGUCAUCUGUCAUGUUUUACCCUCAGCCAGUCCCCUGCACAGCAAUCCCCAUUUUCAGGCAUCGUUUUUUUCUGGGCCGUGCCUGCAUACAUACAUAGCAUGGGUAAAAGCAAUGGGGUCACCUGCCCACUGCGCCUUCCUCACUGCCCCUCAGUGCAAGGCUGUGAGAGGCAAGGUCUGCUUUCCACAGGGAAUUUCAGGCCUUGAUCAUCUGAGAAGCAGAUCAGUUCUGCCCAUGAUGCCUCUAACAUACUUUUUUAAAAAAAGCAUUUCUUAUAUAGUUGGGAAAUCACAUAUUUCAUCAAAUUCAGAAAUAUUUAAAAUAUUGUUGAUGUGGUUUUUUUUUUUUUUUUUUUUUUUUUUU